AUGACAGUCGAAACUGCUCAACUUGAAUCCAACCUUUUCCAUAGUCUCAUCGCUGAAAAAAAGAUCUAUGCCAGCAAUGGUAAGGGAGUUUAUAUGACAAUUGAAAAGAAUGGAAAGGUUUACGACGGCGUUGUCGAUGCUGUUACAGGUGCUGCUGUUGGUGCCCUUGGAUGGGCCGAUCCUGACGUUCCCGGAAUUGUCAACGAAGCAUUAAAGAAACAUACUUAUAGUUUUCCUGGCUUUAUUUGCAAUCAACAAGCCGAAAAAUUAGCUCAAUUCUACAUUAAGAAUUGUCCGGAAGGCGUUUUUGCAUCAGCCUUGUGGACGUGCUCUGGUUCUGAAUCUAAUGAAAAUGCCUUGAAGAUCAUUAGACAAUACCAAAAGGAACGUGGUAGACCACAAAAAAUCAAGGUAAUUUCAAGAGAAAACUCAUACCACGGAUUCACAUUAGGUGCUUCUUCAAUAUCUGACAACGCAAUUAGCGAGGGUUUCAAGGACAUCAUGAUUGAUCAAAAAGAACUAUGCUUGAAAAUGCCUCGUUGUUUCCCAUACAGAGAUAUGAGGGCUGGUGAGACAGAAGAGCAAUACACCCAAAGAUUGCUGGAAGUUUUGGAACAGAUGAUUAUUGACAACGAUCCGGAAACAGUCUCUGCUGUCAUUGUGGAGACCCUGCCUGGUAGUUCAAUAGGUACUGCUGUCCCACCAAAGGGUUAUUUGAAGGGUCUUCGUGACAUUUGUAACAAAUACGAUGUCCUUUUCAUGUUGGACGAAGUGAUGUGCGGCACUGGUAGAUGUAAUCCAAACGGUAAGUUGAACUGUUGGGAGAAUUUCCUCGCACCGGAAGACGCACCAGAUAUCCAAACCGUUGGUAAGACUCUAGGUUCCGGUUAUGUUACGAUAGCUGGUGUACUUGUCGGACCAAAAAUUGUCAAUGCUUAUAUUGGCGGUUCUGGCCUGGUUAUCGGUGCCCAGACAUACCAUUCCCAUGCCUUAAACUGUGCUGUGUCCCUGGGCAUUCAGGAGAAAAUCAUACGUGAAGGCCUGACUGCAAACAUUUUCAAGAACGGAAAUUUGAUGGGCCAAAAACUGAAGGAUGCCCUAUUGAAUGAUUCAAACUCCAUCGUCGGGGACGUAAGAGGUUUGGGUGGGUUCUGGACGGUGCAACUCGUAAAGAACAAAGAGACCAAAGAAUCAUUUCCAUACGACUUGCAGGUGGCCUCUCUCUUCAACGACAUCGCGUUGCAAAAUGGCUUGAACAUUAUGGGGUUGACAAACACAGAUCUCGCAGGCUCGUGGGACAUCGCAUUGUAUGCCCCAUCCUUCAUUAUCACCGAAGAUGAUGUGGACACUAUUGUCGACAGAACUGUCAAGAGUGUUGCCCAGUUGCAGAGCGACUUGAAAAAAGCUGGCUCCCUCUAA